AUGACAAGCAACAAAGUUUUUGUUAUCUGGAUAACUCUAUACAGUUCUCUGAUCAAUGGUUCUCACUUUCGUGGUGGUACAAUAACAUGGCGUCCACUCAGCAAGACUCCAUUGGGUAACACAGUCACUAUUCAAAUACGUCAACGUUGGUCAUGGCGUCUGUCUGCUGUAGCUUGUAACCAGGCAGUUAUAGCACAACAAUAUCCUAUUGGGGAUGCCCAUUUUUUGUCUUGCACUUCUGGGAAUUGUAAUUUUUGGAGAGUGGCAGUGACAACACAAACAUAUUGCAUUGAUUUUAACACGGGCGUUGAUGUUAGUUACGGUGAAAAGUAUGAUAUGGUGUCUCUGCCUGUUGGUGUUCAGUUCAGUGUAGCUUUUUCUUCGUGCUGCUGGUUUGCGUCUCUCGUUGCUGGAGCGAACAGUCCAUGGAGCGUCGUUACACGAAUCAACACGAUUCGUAGACCAGAUGGAUAUAUUAAUUCAAGUCCUUCUGCUGCCGUUAUGCCAAUCGUUUACAAAGAAGUUGGUGUGAAACAUGUGUACGUUGUUCAAAUGACUGAUAAUGAUGGAAGCGACGUGUUAAAAUGUCGAUGGGCUAGCAAAAUAAAUAAUAUGAAUAGUUAUGACGAAUGUGGCGGCAUUUGUUUCGGUGUGCCUGGUGCAAUGCUUAUCGAAGAUAAUUGUACAAUCAUAUUUACACUUACAAAGAUUAGAAUCUAUGUCGCGGUUGCAUUACAAAUCGAAGAUUAUUAUGAUAAAACAUCGACAAUACCCAUGAGUUCGACCCCUGUUCAAUUUCUUUUUUACAGUUAUCAACCUGCAAGUACGUGCACUACUCCACCGAAGGUGUAUAGUGGACGAUCGAACUAUGAUUGUGUUAGUACAUCAGUUGGUAGGAUGGUCAUUGAAGAUAUUCUUGUCAGUGUCGGUUGUGUUAACAAAACAAUCAUUGAUUUUAUUACAAGUAUUCCGGCCGGAAUGACAAAGGGUCCUAUUCGAAACCGAACUGCUAGCGUUUAUGCGAUUACUCUUUCUUGGACUCCUACUGGUAACCAACGUGGGCCUCAAGUCUGUUGCAUCGUAGCUGUGGAUAACACACAUAUUCAAUCUAAUCAACUUUGUAUCACAUAUCUAGUCGAUCCCGACGCACCACAGUUCGUUGGAAGCUCGGCAUGGCCCGUUGGCACUAUUUAUGAAAAUCAAACAAUCUUUUCGAUCGAAAGCACAAAACCAAUUAGACGUCCAUCGUGGGUUCGAAGUAGUGCUAUUCGCUUCUAUGACGCCCAAUCUAACUCACUUGUCAAGUCAUUUGAUUGCGUGACAUCAUCACAAGUAGCAUACUCAGAUACGAAAAUCACCAUUGAUUUCCAAACAGCACCAUGGACUCGCGGUCAUUCGUACUACGUGACGUUAGAUGAAGGUGUUGCAAUUAUGGCUGGGGCUAGCUCUUGCUUACCUCCAUCCGCACCAAUCACCAGCAGCAAUUUUUGGACAUUUCAUAUUUGGGAUCCAUCCGUUACCGAGGAGCCAAUGGAAAACAAUACUUCAACAACAGAUCUAAGUACAGUACAUAAAGAUGAUGCAAUUGCAACGACGGAUGCGAUGAAAACUUUAGCACCAUUGUCUUGUCACAGUCAUCAUAUAGCACUAGACCCGCAAGGAUCGUCUCUGACCAAUCCAUUGGAUUAUCUGUAUAACGAAGAUAUCUAUAUCGAUUCCAACGUUACACUACAGUGCAACAUAAACGUAAGAACAACAUCAAAAUGGACAAUCAUUAGUCAUUCAUCAAAUCAACUGGAACAAAUGUCACUUAUAUUUUCAUUCGAAUUAUCAACCAAACAACUUCUUAUUCCAGCCUUUUCGCUGUAUAAUGGAAUUUACGAAUUGAAAUUCAUAUUGACCGUCAUUGAUGUUCGAACGUGGAUUUCAUCAUCUUCCGCCUAUAUUCGAAUUUCUCGAGCCGAUCUCGUCACAAAUCUUGUCUCGACGACUGCAACAAAUGUUACACACAAUUAUGAGAAAGCAUUAGAAUUGAAUCCAGGAAAAUAUUCUAUCGAUCUCAAAGCAAUAGAAUUUCAUCCAAAGGAUUGGAAUUUCACGUAUUAUUGCCGGAUCUAUUCAAAAUUUGCUCGGCCACAAUAUCAAUCAUUCGAAGAUCGAAAUAAUGCUUGUUUUUCUUUGAAUCCUCUCAACUUUUUAAAAUAUAAUGACACAUUCCAUACCGCGGUCACAAUCUUACCUAGAACACUGGUAUUACACCAAUCCUAUCAGUUUAUGGUUCGAAUGACGCAUCGUGAGAAUUCAUCACUUCAAUCUGUCGGAUAUGCAAUCAUCCAUAUCGAACGAAUUCAGUCACCCAUCGUUAUUAUAAGUUGUGUGGUCUCGACCGUGUGUUCAUUGAAUCUACAGUACUAUUAUGUUAAUCCAAGUACGCAAUUAGCACUCUGGUCAUUUGCUAGCGAUAAUCAAACGUUAAUCACGAGUAUCGAAUGA